AUGACCAACAGGAUUGCCCUCCCAUCACCACCACCACCGCCACCACCACCCGAAACAGAAUUGAAGCACAUUGUUUUCGGGAUUGCCGCAUCAUCAAACUUGUGGGAACAAAGAAAAGAAUACAUCAAGGUAUGGUGGAGACCAAAAGAAACCAGAGGCGUUGUUUGGUUGGAUCAGAAAGUAACAACAACAAAAAACGAAGGAUUACCGGAGAUUAGAAUAUCCUCGGACACGUCGAAUUUCAAGUACACGAACAACCAGGGACAGAGAUCUGCGUUGAGGAUAUCCAGGGUGGUUACGGAGACACUGAAGCUUGGGAUGAAGGACGUGAGGUGGUUCGUGAUGGGUGACGAUGACACGGUUUUCAUAGUUGACAACGUUGUUAGGAUGCUUCAGAAGUAUGAUCAUCGACACUUCUAUUACGUUGGCAGCACUUCCGAGAGCCAUAUUCAGAACAUGCAUUUCUCAUAUGCCAUGGCUUAUGGCGGUGGUGGCUUUGCUAUAAGCUACCCUUUGGCGGUGGAGCUCGCUAAGAUUCAAGAUCGUUGCAUUCAACGCUACCCUGCUUUGUAUGGAAGCGAUGAUCGGAUUCAUGCUUGCAUGGCUGAGCUUGGUGUCCCUCUCACUAAGGAAUUUGGCUUCCACCAGUAUGAUGUGUAUGGAAACCUAUUAGGUCUAUUAGGGGCUCACCCAGUGGCGCCACUAAUUUCAAUUCACCACCUUGAUGUGGUGGAACCAAUAUUCCCAAGGAUGAGCAGAGCAGAAGCAAUGAGACACCUAAUGGAAUCUGUGCGUGAGGAUUCAGCCAGCAUAAUGCAACAAUCAAUCUGCUAUGACAAGACCAGAUAUUGGUCAAUCUCAGUUUCUUGGGGCUAUGUGGUUCAGAUAAUAAGGGGAAUGUUGCCACCUAGAGAGCUUGAAAUGCCUUCAAGAACCUUUCUAAAUUGGUAUAAGAGAGCUGACUACACUGCAUAUGCAUUCAACACAAGGCCUGUGUUCAAACAUCCAUGUCAAAAGCCAUUUGUUUACUAUAUGUCUAGAACUUACUUUGAUUCAUCAAGGAAACGAGUUAUUGGUGUUUAUAAUCUUGAUACCGCUGCUAAACCUCCUUACUGCCGAUGGAGAAUGCCUUCUCCAGAAAUAAUCACUUCCAUUGUAGUUACAAAAUCUCCUGAUCCUCUAAGAUGGAAAAAGUCACCAAGGAGAGAUUGUUGUAAAGUUCUACCAUCGCGUAAGCCCUCAACUCUGUACAUAUGGGUGGCAAAUUGCCGGGAAGGUGAAGUUAUUGAGAUGCAGUAG